CAAUUAAUUUCAAUUUUAUUUCUGUUCGUAACAGACAUAAGGAAUUAAUGCCCAGGCUUUCUGGAAUCUUAGAAUUGGAGUUGUGCUUGAUUAAGUUUCCCCUGCGUUUUCAAGGAACAUGUUGAGUGUUUGAAUGACUUGGCUCUUGAAACCCUACUUUGCACAGUCAUGUGCUUAAAGUGAAACAAUAACAAGAGACACCCUAGUGACGCAAAGAGCUGUCAUCCAUGUAAAAAUAACCCCGUGUCUUUUGUUUCCUGAUGUUGCCCUGCGAUACCAGCUAGAGGAAAGUGGAUCGGUUUUACCACCCACCCACCCUCCACUGCCGCCCCACGUUACCAGGACAACAGAGGUGGAAUCCCCACAGGUCCUGCCGUCAGGGGCUUUGCUAUCCAGCACGUUACAAACGAUCUCGGACGUGUUAAACUCCUAAAAGUCCUACAUUUUGGGCUUGUGAGAGAGAGGGAAUAUUUCUUGUCCUUUUGCCACUGUGACGCAGUUGUUCCUAAACAGUGUUUCAGGGGGCGGGGCCAACAGGUGCACUUUCAGGUAAGGCAGGUUCCCAGAUGCACUGCGCAAAGCUGACCAGUGCCCUCCCCUUCCGCUUACUUGGUGUCCUGUUCGCUGUCUCUUAUAUUCAAACGGCUCUCGGCAUCAAUCGUUCUUCCUUCCAGCAUCGCACCUGUUGUACAUUAAGAGCACAAAGCAGAGAAAACACGACAUGACACGACGGCAGGACUUGGUUUUGGCUCUGUGUCUGAUUCUACAGAGCCUCUGUGGGGUUUUACUUCAGGACCCGCCAGAGUACGGAGAUGACCUCAACAAUGGAUAUCCGGAGGAAUACAUCACUCGGAUCCCCGUAGUUGCUUUGAAUGACGUGGAAGAGGCAGAGGAUGAUCGCCCUGCUGAUGAUGGCUUGGCCUUUGGAUCCAUGAUGUACAGUGACGUGGGGGACGCCCAGACCAACGUCUCCGUCCCAACUCUGAUGGGGAGCGAAGAAGAGGGGCCCUCAGCCUCCUCGGACACCGUCGCGACCCUUUCACCAAUGCUCCGGUCAGAUGACUCUCUGGAGGAGGACGCAUCCGUGGAUUUGCCCAGCGCCACACCAGAACCAGGAAUGGGAUUUGACUCCAGCAUGUGGAGAGAUGCCGUUUCGGCAUCAGUGAGCAAUGAGACAAGUGAUGCCAGCGCCACACCAGAGCCAGAAAUGGGAUUUGACCCCAGCAUGUGGAGAGAUGGCGAUUCAUUGGCAGAUGCCAAUAGUACAGUCAGCGUUGUUAAUGGCACUAACAACACAGUUGACACCAGCACAGAUGCUAACAGCACGGUCAUACCCAGCACAGAUGCUAACAGCACAGUCAUCCCCAGCACAGACGCCAACAGCACAGAAGUCAGUAACGCAGACUCUAACAGCACAGACAUCAAUGGUACUGACUCUAACAGCACAGACAUCAAUGGUACUGACUCUAACAGCACAGACAUCAAUGGUACUGACACUAACAGCACAGACAUCACUGGUACAGACUUUAACAGCACAGACAUCACUGGUACAGACUUUAACAGCACAGACGUCAUCGAUCCAUCAUCAGGGACCAACAGCUCAAAUGUCACCAAUCCUCUCAACCCAGGACCCACCAACCCCCCCGGGGGAAAUGACACCAUGGGCGGCCUAAAUCCUGCUACUGAAAACCCAGCAGACAGCACGCCUGAGCCAACGGGAGAGAACAUUCCUUCAUCUACAGCAGGGAAUAUUCCUGAACGUACGGCAGAAUACAUUCCCACAACUACGACAGAGAGUGCUCCUGAACUUACAGCAGAAGUCGUUCCAAAUGACACAGCUCCUCCAAGUGGAACUGCCACAGCGUUGGCUAAAGCUGCAGCCGCUGGCAAUGCUGAGCAAGGUGUGGACUCGGGAACUCAGAGUACAAACAAUGGAAAAGCAUGGGGUGUGAUCCUGGGCCUGGCCGUGGCUGUGGGAAUCGUGGGUCUGGUCAUGUAUGUCUUACUGAAAAGAAGAGAGCGUCGGAACUUCUCGCACAGUAAACUGGUGGAGGAAGCACCUGGAGAUCCAGUUCUCAGAUUGGACAACGGUGAGCCGCUGGACUUGAAAUAUGAUGGGUUUGGAUACCACAAUCCCUCCCUCCAAGGAGACGACAUCCAAAUGUCUAACUACCCAUCUGGCCGUCCCCACUGAUGUCUCCUGUCCUGUGCCAUCUCACUUGAACUUUGACCUUUGUUGUUUGCACCUCUAUCACCAGAUGAAAUUCCAUCUGAAACGACAUGAAGAACAACAUAUGAAGAUUGUAUCAUAUUAUGUAGAUAAAAUUGCCAAAUCGCCUCACAUUCAAUAUUCUUUCUAUGUUGAACUUUUAUAUAAUGAACCUGUUUAAAUGAUUUUCAUCCUUAUUUUCAUGUAGACUACUCUGUAGUGUAUGUUUCUUUUUCAGAAGAAUAUGUGAAGGGUAGACUAUUGUAUAAAGAUGAAUCCUAGGUGUAUAGUAAUUGAAUUUUCUAUUUUUAAUAUAUAUUUAGUAUUUAAGAACAUAAAGUGAUUAUAGAUAAAUAGUUUUAAAUUGAGUUUAAAACUUGUUAUUGAAAUAAAAUGAAUGAUGACUGUC